ACUGGACAUAAACCCAGCUCCAUGGUUUAUACUAUUCUUUCUCUCUCAUGCCUUCUCAGGCGAUAAGAAUACAUAUCAAUGUUUGUAUAUGUGUGUAUUGUGUCCAGAGCUAGUAGAACAAGCGAGAGCUCACCCGAGAAACUCCUUUGUAGCAGCUACCAGUGGGCCCCCAGUGGGUUAAGACCUAAUUGGAACCUCCCUGGGAAGACCUGGCAUGGUAAUUGUUACCUGGAUGGACCUGGACUAAACACAUGAUCAAGCUGUUUUCCAGAACUUCCGAGGAUGGCCGAAUUCUGUGUUCGUGUACUCGUAAAGGGGAAACCCCUGUCCCGACUCGUAUUUGUAUCGAGAGGAAUCCUGGGUAAUAAUUAUGCUGUGACGUCAUCGCAGUCUGUUCGGCAUGGAUCAGAAUAUUUCAAGAGCAUCUUCCCUGUUGAUGAGCAAACAAUCAGAAAAGAGGGUCCCGAAAGAAUUCGUGUUAUACGUCGGAAUAAUGAGCAAUACUUGCCCACGCAGCAGUACAGUGACGUCACAACACUUUAUGAGGGGUUCCAAAGAGGGAAGAGAGAGUCAAAUGACGGAUCUUUUCUUGGUCAUCGGAUUGGUCCGGGACAGCCAUACCAAUGGAUAUCAUUUUCACAGGUUGAAGAGCGAGCUCGUCUCUUUGGAUCAGGGUUAGUGUCACUUGGUUUCUCACCCGGAAGUGAAACCUUUAUCGGCAUCUUCUCACAGAAUAGACCCGAGUGGACGAUAGUUGACUUUGCGUGUAUCUGUUAUUCAAUGGUCUCUGUGCCUCUGUAUACCAGUCUAGGAAAGGACGCCUUAAAACAUAUAGCGGAGCAGACAAAUAUGUCGGUGCUGGUUUGCGAUGUCUUAGACAAAGCAGAAUCUGUUUUGGAAUAUGCUGCUAAUUUACCACACUUAAAAGCAGUAGUGGUCAUGGAUCUGCCCCUCGAGGGUAGGGAGGAAACAAGACACAAAUUUGAAGCUGCGGGACUAGCGCUUUUGUCAUAUGAUGACGUCAUCGAUAGAGGGACAUCUAAUCCUUGUGAUCGUGUGCUACCGAAGCCGACAGAUCUGAAUACAAUCGUUUACACAAGUGGAACAACGGUGAGGACACCAAAAGGUGUGCCGCUCACACAAGGUCAUCACAUAGUAAACCAUGCUUAUGUACAUUCCGCCUUUGAUGUCCCAUCAUUCGGCAGCCCAGAUGAUUACCAUCUAAGCUAUCUACCUCUAGCACAUGUCUUCGAAAGAGGUAACAUGUAUCAUGGGAUGAUACAGGGCACGCGUGUAGGAUUUUUUCAAGGCGAUCCCUUACUCCUGCUUGACGACCUUCAGACUUUGAAACCUACUGUCUUUUUCGCUGUUCCCAGAAUUUUCAACCGAAUACAUCACCAGAUAACGUUAGGAGUGACAAAUUCCAGUCCCUUGAAACGUUUUAUCUUCAAUUUCGCUUAUCAACAGAAGUUGAAAAAUUUACAAAAAGGUAUAAUAUCAAAAGACACAAUCUGGGACAAACUAGUGUUCAAGAAGAUUCAGGAUAUCUUUGGCGGAAGGAUGCGCUUUUUAUUUUCUGGUGCCGCUCCCCUCUCGGGGGAAGUUGCCACCUUCUUUCGUAUAACAGUGGGAUGUCCGUUUUUCGAAGGCUACGGACAGACUGAAACCACCAGCAUCAUCACUCACACCAUCGAUAUCGAUAUGACACCAGGUCACGUGGGUGUGCCAGGGGGUGACAUGGAGAUCAAACUAGUCGACGUCCCCGAUCUCAACUACCAUGCCAAGGACGACGAGGGAGAGAUAUGCGUCCGUGGAAAGAAUGUAUUUACAGGGUAUUACAAAGAUCCUGAGAAAACCAAAGAAGCAUUGGACGAGGAUGGAUGGCUUCAUACUGGUGAUAUAGGUCGGUGGAAUAAAAACGGUACGUUAUCUGUCAUAGAUCGUAAGAAGCAGAUACUGAAAUUGGCACAGGGGCUUUACGUUGCUCCAGAAAAGGUGGAGAAUUUAUACGCCAGGCUCCCGCUUCUCACCCAAAUCUUCGUGUACGGUGACAGUAUGAGAGAUUUCAUUGUUGGAAUAGUGGUUCCCGAUCCACAAGAGUUGGAGAAAGUAGCCAGGUCUGUGGGUGUGACUGGAUCGUUUGAAGAACUUUGUCAAAAUAAGAAAGUGACCGGAGAAGUAUUGAGGGUGCUUCAGAAACACGGCAAGGCAGAAGGUCUUCAAGGAUUCGAACAGGUCCAAGCGAUUAGUCUCAACCCAGAGCAGUUUAGCGAACAGAAUGGCCUCUUGACUCCAACACUCAAGACCAAACGAUCAGCGAUGGAAAAGGCAUUCAAGAACCAACUUGACAAUCUCUACACAACGACAGACACAAGUUCAUAGUUGAUAAAACCAUGGAAUUGGUCUCUCCUAACCACAAAUUGAUAAUGCAGUUGACCCGCUAUUUAAUUAGAAAUAUAUUGAGACUCGAGAAGAAAGGAAAACGGAAAUAUCUCAACAUUAAACUACCCUCUAUUCAUGUUUGUCUCGCUUGCAUAUUGGAGCGAGAAUUUAGGCGCCUCUUUUUCGCGGUGGUGACAACAAAGUCCUCAAUGUUGAAAGACAAAUGUGACAUAUACAACAAUAUAAUUAUCGUGCAUAUUCACCGUUUCACAGCUGAGUAUUUUGCUGAACUUGGUAAAAAUCAAAUUAACGGGUUUCGACAAUAUAGCUUUAUUGAGAUUCUUAACGGCCUGAUUUACGUAAAGUUACAUUAUGUCAAGAGAGUUGUGAUUAUGAUGUAUUUGCUUGGCUCUCAUUAGGCCUAACUUGAUAUGUCAGGAUAAGUUGUUAAACAUAAUUUGAAUAAAAGUAGAUUUAGAAAGCUGCGGCCAAAUAAACGGGUAAUAAAAUAUUGCAAAACCUAGUCCGAAGCUGUAGAUUUAUUCAAUCCAACCUUGCAAGAAAAUAUAUAUAUAGGAU